AUGGCGACAAGAAAUAAAAUAACUCAACAUCAGGCCAUAAAAUCUAUAGAAGAGACGUUUGACGUAAGUACGAGCGUUUCAGUCAUUGAAGAAAAGUUACUUGGGCUCGACGUAGACGACGUUGAGCAUGAUGACGGUCCUGUGGUGUUUAUCUGCGGGAAAUGUAAGCUGCCUGUCGCUGACUCCUUCUCGUGGGAUGGUGUUGAAGACUCCCAUAGUCAAAUACUAUUAAAAAAAGUCACAAAAAAUGUGGUAAUUGGAAAAGAAAAACGCGUGUUUGAACUUGACAAAAGAUCUUCAUGUCUGAUUGUGGACCUUAUCUGUCAAGGAUGUCGCUCUGUGAUUGGAAUGGUUUUUUCGUCUACACCAAAAGUAUUGGAUCAUAAAAGGUUACAUUUCUGCCUCAAUGUUGCAGACAUCGACAGUUAUGUGCUGGGAUCUGCAAACCAGAUGUUGUCAGCAGAGGGCUCUGGUGAGCAGCCGGUGACGCUGGAGUACAGAGGCAUUGUGGACCAUCAGCUGUCAGAGAUGAAACUGAUGGUGAUGUCCAUGGCGCAACGACUCCAGGAGAUCGAAGCCGGCCAGUAA